AUGCGGGGCAGCGGCGGCCCGGGGGAUGGUCCCCGCCGCGGGCACGCUAGCAUGGACCAGCGACAGGGGCCACCAGAGCGAAGGCCUGCAGGACCUGCCACGCACCCGCAGCCCAAGGAGGGGACACUGUGGGGAUUCUUUGCCAUCCUGUCACUGCUGGCUGGGCUGGCCACAGGCACCCUGCGAACACCACACUGCAACGAGACGCUGGACACAGCCCCCACGCCACGGGGCAUGGCCACUGACAGCCUGUCUGUGGAGGAUGGUGUGGAGGCACCACUUACUGCUGCCUGGAGCCAGCUGUACGGGGACAACAUGACAACAGGUAGCCCAGGCACCGCAGAGAUGACGGAGGACCUGCUGCUGCGUGCUGAGCGCUCACCGCCAGGCGCCAGCAAAGCCAAAAAGGCGCGGAAACCCUCACGGGGCACCCGUGGGCGCAACUGCCACAUCCGCAACCUGAUGGUGAAGGUGCGUGACCUGGGCCUGGGCUUCAACUCGGACGAGAUCGUGCUCUUCAAGUACUGCAGCGGGUCCUGCCACCGGGCACGCAGCAACUAUGACCUGACGCUGGGCAGCCUGCUGCGGCAGCAGCUCAUCACCCCGGGACCACAGGAACGGGUCCUCAGCCACCCCUGCUGCCGACCCACCCGCUAUGAGGCUGUCUCCUUCAUGGACGUGGAGAACACGUGGCAGACAGUGGAGAAGCUCUCAGCAGCUGAGUGCAGCUGUAUUGGCUGA